AUGACGGCGCUGCACAGCGUGCGUUUGGAGCGAUGGCGCCGGGUUUGGUGGUGCAGCCGCACGGCAAGUGCGCUGGUGGGACGUGGUGGGAUUUCCGUUCUUUCUCUUCCCACCGCCCUUGACGCUGCCCAUGACGCCCUGCAGUCGGAGUUGCAAUCACGGCGUGUUCACGGAGUUUUGGGUGCUGUGACGGAGGCGGUGCUGGGCGUGCGGAGUGUGGUCUUCAUCGACCCGCUGCAGCUUGAGCCGCGGCUGAGCAGGUUCCGCAGGCACGUGAUCCACCCGUCGCCGACGCUGGAGCAGCAGUUCUUCGUGCUUGCGGAGUACCUCGGAACCACGAGUGUCCGUUCGGUGCAGACGGUGAUCCGCGGCGAGGAGCAGCUGCGGUGGCGGAGGUGCUGCGACGGUCGCUGGUGA